AUGACAACUUCUAUCGACCAAGAUAACGUGUUUCUCAGUACCUUAUUGUCCUUGACUGAAAACAUGCAGGUUUUCACCCUGGCAGCCCUUGUGGCUUGCGUCAGCGCCGGUGGUUACGGCGGUGGCCUGGGCUAUGGAGGAGGAGGUCAUGGUGCCGUCGGUUUCGGAGGAGGUUACGGACAUGGACAGGUCGGGCAAGGACACGUCGGGCCAGCCCAAGUUCAUCGUGGUCGCGUUGCUGUUGGACACCCGGUCAAGAAGCCCAUCGUCACCCUGGCCGUCGUCAAGCAGCCAGUCGUAAAGCAACACUUCGUGACUAAGAAAGUCGUCAACUACGUCAGGGCUCCAGUCACUACUGUCACGCACCGCGUAGAGCCAGUCGUAGACUAUCACAACGCCGGCGGCGUCGGCGCCGGCGCUGGUCUCGCUACUGGGGCUGCGUUAGGCACCGAAGCCGCUCUGCGCGCUGGUUCUGCUGGUUCUGGUGGAUUUGGCCUCGGAGGAGGGUUUGCCGGUGCCGGGACCGGAGGCUUCGGCUUGGGUGGUGGCUUUGGAGGAUAUGGCUCGGGUGGAUUCGGCGGCUAUGGUCUUACUGGUGGACAUGCCCUUGCUGGGGGCGACGGUGGUUACAGUGUAGGUGGUGGAUACGGUGGUCUUGAUGGGGGAUAUGGUGGAGACGGUGUAAAGGGUGUUUACGGUGGUGUUGGUGGAGGCUAUGGUCGACACGGCCUUGGUGGUGGACAUGGGGGUUACGGUGGUCUUGCUGGAGGCUAUGGUGGACACGGUCUUGGUGGUGGACAGGGGGGUUACGAUGGUCUUGCUGGAGGCUCUGGUGGACACGGUCUUGGUGGUGGACAUGGGAGUUACGGUGGUCUUGCUGGAGGCUCUGGUGGACACGGCCUUGGUGGUGGACAUGGGGGUUACGGCCUUGGCCAUGGAAAGUCGUGGUAA